UUCAAUAUGCUUAGAUAGAAAGUUAAUGGCAAUUUACUUUUCCAUGUUGAAUUUCGACAUAGGGGGCUACUACACCAUUAGUAUCAGAGAAGGGUUGGUGAUCGUUGUGUUGAACACAAACUUGUAUUAUACCAACAACCAAGUGACUGCUGACAUGACCGACCCUGCAGGACAAUUUCAGUGGUUUGAUCAGGUCUUAGAACAAGCAGCUGAAAAUGGUAAUAAGGCCUACGUGAUUGCACAUAUUCCACCGGGCAUGUCUGAGGAAGGCCAUUCAAUUCUGAGACGACAAUUCAACCAGAGAUUGAAUGACCUUAUCAUUAAACACAAGAAAACCAUAGCAGCCAUGUUUUACGGUCAUCAACAUACUGACACGUUCAAACUUUGGUACGAUCAGGGUGAACCAGUAGUAUUUGCACUGAUAGCACCUUCCGUGACACCAUGGAGUUCUCAUAUUCCCCCAGUUUACUUAAACCAGCCUGUUCACAACCCAACCAUCCGGCUCUUGCAAUACGACAGACAGAGCUUCCAGGUCAAAGACUAUUGGCAUCAUUACCUGGAAUUGUCCGAUGCCAAUAAGAAGGGCGAAGCACAGUGGAAAAAAGGAUACAAGUUUAGCGAGGCAUAUGGCACUGAGGAAGUCUCGUCUAUCUCAUUAGCGCACGUGGUGUCAAAUUUUGAUAAGAGGACCGAUGUCUUCAUGAAAUAUUUGCGUUAUAACAUCAACAGUGCUAAAGGCGAAACAAUUAAGACAUCUUGUGACGCCAAAUGCAAACGCCGUUAUAUUUGUUCUAUCAAAGAAGUGGAUGCAGAAAGAUUAAAAAAAUGUAUUUAA